AUGCUAGGCAGCAUGAAGUACAAGGAUAUACGCCCCGAAGAAUUUCCUGGUACCAUUCAGCACCAUCACAAUCCAACGCUCUCUAAUCGACGCCAACACCGCUUCCCCACACCACCACCACAAUGGUUUCCCCUCCACACCCCACUACAGAAAAAAAACCAAUAUCCUGCAUCGCUACCUCAACUUCAGCCCGCGUCAGCCCCCUCCCGGCUGUCACCUACCACAGCACAGCACCACUGCUGUGCUGGGAAACUUCACAUACAGCCCUGGCUGUAA